AUGAAGGAUAUGUGCAAUGUAGUGCAGGGUUUGAAGCCUAUGCUAUUAAUGAUAGUGGUGCAAAUAACAUUUGCUGGAGUCAAUGUGCUCUACAAGCUUGCCGUAAAUGAUGGCAUGAGCUUGAGGGUUGUUGCUGCCUACCGCUUUCUAUUCGCAACUGCUUUCAUAGCUCCACUUGCCCUCAUUGUUGAAAGGAAGAAGAGGCCAAAGAUGACUUGGACAGUACUGUUUCAGUCAUUCUUGUGCGGUUUAUUUGGAGGGUCAAUGGCUCAAAACUUCUACUUAGAGGCUCUGAGUUUAACUUCUGUAACAUUUGCAUCUGCAAUGACCAACCUUAUACCAGGCCUGACAUUUAUCAUGGCCGUUUCCUUCGGUAUGGAGAGAGUAAAUUUGAGAUCAGCAGCAGGGAAGGCCAAAAUACUCGGUACAUUAAUUGGAAUUGGUGGGGCAAUGAUACUAACUUUCAUUAAAGGUGCGGAAAUCAAAUUUGGGGCCUUCCACUUAAAUCUUUUGCAUCACAGAAACGGUGCGCACUCACAGGCUAUUAGCGGUGGUAAACCCGUUUUGGGUGCUCUAAUGGCCCUCUCAAGUGCCAUCUCUUAUGCACUGUGGCUCAUUAUUCAGGCAAAGAUGAGUGAAAGAUAUCCAAGUCAUUAUUCAAGCACGGCGAUGAUGUCUUUAUGGGGGUCACUGCAAUCCAUUGUGUUUGCUCUAUGCUUUGAGAGGGACUGGAGUCAGUGGAGGUUGGGUUGGAAUGUUAGGCUUUUGACUGUAGCCUAUUCGGGUAUAGUGGUCUCUGGGGUGAUGGUGGUUGUGAUUUCGUGGUGUAUUCGCAUGAGAGGGCCAUUAUUCGCCUCUGUUUUUAGCCCCCUAAUGCUUGUGAUGGUGGCCUUGGCUGGUGCUACGAUGUUGAACGAGAAUCUACAUCUUGGAUGCAUCAUUGGAGCAGUAUUGAUCGUGUGUGGGUUAUACGUGGUUCUGUGGGGUAAAAGCAAAGAGAUGAAGAAGAAGAAUCAAUUAGUGCCAGCACAAGGCACCCCUGAGUCUAACACAGUGGAAAUAGUUGUGAGCUCCGCAGUAGAAGAUAAAAGCAACCAUAAUAACAACACACAUCAUAUGGAUGAUUCAUCCGCAGAGGAGCACUGCUCACAUUUACACAAUUAG